AUGUCCAAGGUUAUGCGAAGUGUGAAGAAUGUGACCAAGGGGUAUUCUAGUACCCAGGUCAAGGUCAGAGAAGCUACGAGCAACGAUCCAUGGGGCCCAACGGGCACUCAGAUGAGCGAAAUUGCCCAGAUGACGUUUAAUACGUCGACCGAGUUUUACGACAUCAUGGACAUGCUUGACAGGCGUUUGAACGACAAGGGCAAGAACUGGAGACACGUGCUAAAGGCAUUAAAAGUCCUCGAUUACUGCCUUCACGAGGGCUCAGAGCUGGUUGUCACUUGGGCCCGCCAGAAUGACUACAUUAUCAAGACGUUGAGGGUGUUUGAGUACACCGACGAAGAGGGUCGGGAUGUCGGCCUGAACGUACGAGUCGCCGCCAAGGAAUUGACCUCGCUUAUUGCGAACGAGGAACGACUGAGGGACGAGCGAACUAACAGGAAGACCUGGAAGUCUCGGGUAACGGGAGUAGAGGAGUACGAACCGCAGCAUGCCGAUUCGUCGGCGCACCGCAGACCACGGGACAGGCGAGCUUUUGUCAACGAUGAGGAGGACACAGAAUACAGACUGGCACUCGAGGCCAGCAAGGUUCAAGAAGAGGAAGACAGGAAAAAACGCGAAAGUAGGAGAAAUGAUGACGACGACAAUGACCUGGCCAAGGCUAUCAAACUCAGUCAGGAAGAGGAAGAAAGGAGGCGCCGAGAACUCGAAGACAGCAACGCAAACUCUCUUUUCGACGACUACCCUUCCCAACGGUCGUCAAGUCAACCUCAGUACACCGGUUUCAAUCAGGGUUACCAGCAAGGCAACCAGGUAGACUUUUUUGCCAACCCUGUCGAUCAAAACCAUGUAAUGAAUCAACCCAUCGGAUUUAUGAACAACGCCUAUACUGGAUAUCAGCAAUCUCAGCCAACCGGUUUGCAGCCAAAUUACAACCAGGCUUUCGCUAUGCAGCCCACUGGUACGGGCUUGUAUCCCUACGGCCAACAGCAGAACAACAUGACUGGCUUCCAGCCGCAGGCGACUGGAUUCAAUCCCUAUGCCCAACAGAUACCACAGCUGUCUCAGCAGUCUUCGGAUCCUGCGCCCCAGCCAGGAAGCAAUAAUCCCUGGGCCACCAACAGAUCCCAACAGCCAUCCUUGAUGCCAGCGCCCACAGGCUCAAACAACCCCUUUGCUCAGAACAACCGCCCGCAAACCUCCAAGCCUAUUUCCUCCCUGGGCGCCUUGCCAGAGCAAAAGACUUUGUCAUCCUUCAACAACCAGCCUCAGCAGCCUCAGCAGUCGCAGCCGUCCCUCAACCCACCCCCUCAGAAGGAAUUGAACGACUACCAAAGCAAGCUAAACAGUCUUUUGGCAACGGGAGACGGCAUGGAUACUUUUGGCAACACUGGAGAGCUCCGCAUUCCCGCUCAGCACACGGCGCCAGGCAUGUUUGCCAACAGUGCAGGUUCUGGCGUUCAGCGAUGUGGUGCCGAUGUUACGGGCAACCCUUACAUGCGUCAACAAUUCACUGGCAUGCCAAGCGUCACAUACGGUAGCCAGCCCACGAACGGCCAGAGCAGUAACAAUCCCUUUGGUGCUCGGCCGCAGCAGCAACCGGGUCAGGGCCAAGACCUCAUUCAAUUCUAA